CCCUACAAACAGGAGAUAGAAAACUGUCCGUGGGCCGGCGGAGGGGAUGAAACAAGUGGAAGGAGAUGUAGCAGUCAUAACUCCGACACUACCACCGCGCCACACCGCUCUUUUCACCUCGUCGGCUCCACUCCUUUCCCCCAACAGCACGGCUGUAGCAUCCUCUUUGCAUAACAAGACGAAAGCUCGUCUGCGGCGCUGCACCGGAGCUUCAUGGCCGCGACACUGACGAUGAGCGGCGGCGGGCAGGAGGAUUCCUUCUACCCGCUGCAGAAGACCACUCUGCCCACUGGAUUCCCCCUGGAGGAGUCGGCGUUGUUCGGCUUGGAUUGCAAGAUCACAGACACGGAUAAGACUGGGAACGACUACACUCAGGCAAAAUGUGAGAUGGACAGGUAUCUCUCCCCUCAUUCUCUUCCCCUUCCACCUUCAUCAGACGGCCAGCAGAAGUCGCAGAGAGAUGGCGCGUCCGUGAUAGAUCACUUCUUCACAUACGACCACAACGGGCCUCCCUACACCCUCAACAUGAAUCUUUACCUCCCCGACGCCGCGUACCUGAGGAUGGGCUUGUGUCAGCAGUCUCGUCCCCAUCAGCACCAGAACCACACAGGUCUUACCCAAAUCAAGACAGAAAACGCCUCCCCGUGUUUCUCCCCCAACCUGCAGCUGCACUGCCCCAACGCUACGCCCGCCAGCACCUGCGGCACAUCCGGGCACGGCGUCGCCAUGGAAACCUCGGCCAUAAACAUGGCGAUAACAGGGUUGCCGGACUUCACCAGUGUUUUCAACCAGUCCGGAGGCGGCAGCGGUGGCGAUUCAGCGCCGGAGGUGUUUGUAAAACAGGAGAUGUCAUCACAGUUUGAACAGCAUGCGCUCCACCACCACGACAAUGGCGGCUCACUGUUUCAGCUGCUGAACUCUGGCUUGGACCAUCACCAUGGCAAUGGCAUGGAGGCGCAGCAGCAUCAACAGCAGCAUCAUCAUCAUCAGCAGAUACAUCACACUUCCACUUCCACAAUCCACGCGCCUUUCCACGAUUUGCCGGUAGCUUCUUCUGCAUCUCAGCAAGAGCAGACGACAAAGCCUUCCUACUGUGGCCUGGGUGGAGGAGCAUACACACACCCUCACGCUCAGGUGCACCAACAUUUCCUUCAGCAGCAGCCACCCUACCUGCCGCCCUCCCCGCCCAGCUCGGAGCCCGGCAGCCCUGACAGGCAGAAGGAACUGCUCCACGCCAUGUCCCCGCCUCCCUCGUACGCGGCAACCAUUGCCUCCAAGCUGGCAGGCAGCUCUCCUGGACUCACGCCGGGCCCAGGACCAGGCAGCUUAGCCCUGCCCAUAACUACAGGUCCCACGGCGGCCCCAGGCCAGGCCACUGGCCUCCAACAAAACCCUGCAACAACCCCAGCAACAACCACAGCUCAGACCACUUUGCCAGUCCGCUACAACCGGAGGAACAACCCGGACUUGGAGAAGCGACGAAUCCACCACUGUGAUUACCCAGGCUGCAAGAAGGUCUACACCAAGUCGUCUCAUCUGAAAGCACACCUCAGGACUCAUACCGGUGAGAAGCCGUACAGGUGCACAUGGGACGGCUGCGACUGGCGUUUCGCACGUUCGGAUGAGCUGACUCGUCAUUACAGGAAGCACACGGGCGCCAAACCCUUCCAGUGCGCUGUCUGCUCACGCUCCUUUUCCCGAUCAGACCACCUGGCUUUGCACAUGAAGAGACACCAGAACUAGCAGCAUUUGCACACACACUACAGAAGAAAAAAAAAAACACAAAAAGCACUAUCCUGACACAUAAAGCACUCAAUCAAAUCCUCCACAGCUCCAACAGCUACAAUGUUAAGAGCUGCCGGAUGCAGAGCAGCUUUCACUGACACCACAGCUCCUCCUGGUGCUGCUACAAUGUGCUAACAUGGUACGAUAGCCUAACAGAUGUUUUGCGCUUAACCCAGAGCGGGGCAGUUUGGAGGUGUUUAAGUAGAAAGACCUAAGUAGAAGGUCCAUAGACCUCCAAAAGUAGUUGAUCUCUUUGGACAGCUACAGAGAAGAAAAAACAUUAACAAAAAGAAAAAGGGAGCUCCAAAAUGUGUUUCCUGGUCUUUUUGAACUCUUUUGUGUGACUGGAAUGAAAGCACUUACCACUCAAAACUUGUACAUGUUUUGUCCCUGUUCUAACACAGAACUAGCUAUCAUUUUUAUUUUAUUUUUAUAAUGGAGAAGUGUUUGUUUGCAAAACUGGUCAAGCCAAAAUCUUUGUUAAUUCCUUGGUUUGUUAGUUUUUAAUGUGUAACUGGAAUAUCCAGAUUUGAUCCUUCGGUUUGCACUAGAAUUGGAAAUCUAAGUCUGAGCCUUUUCUGGCCCAUGCAUCUCAUUCACCACUGGAACGAUCACUAUCACUACUAGACUGAAUGUCUUUGAACGCCACACAAAUCAUUGCUGUUUCAUUGAUAUUAAAAAUUGAAGGCAUUUAUACUCCGGAGAGAGGGAAGAUAGUGCAGGGGGGGAGGGGGGGAUACAAGCGAGUGGAGCAGAUGGAGAGAUAGAAAGAUUUUAGGUUUUAGAACAGAGGGAGGCAGGUUGUUGCUAAAGAGCAGCAAUUAGGCGAUGAAUUAUUCAUGCUGCCUGUUUGAUGGAUUUCCAACCAGAUGUAAGUAGAACGAACCCUUAGACAAGUCCCGCAAUUAAUUCAGUUAAAACAAAAAUAUUCUCUGUUUGAUGCGCAAGCCUGAAUUAAGCAUCUUCAAAAAACAGUUUCUCACCCUCCUUUCAAAUGUUUUAACCAAAGUUUUCGUCUUCAUCGUCGACACCUUAUUAAGUGCCUCCUUCUCUGGUUUAUGUGUGUUGUGUUCACAGGUAACAGAUCAGUGUAGACAGUCCUUUUAAACACACAUGGUGCUGUUUCUAUCUCUUAGUCCAAUAGAGGUUAAAGUUCAGUUAAAAAAAAAAAAAAAAAGGUCACCCAUCAUUCAUGGUAAUGUAACGGCUGGGCUCAGGCCACAUCGCAAAAACAGAAUACCAUCCUGAUGUGAUUUUUUUAUUUUUGAGUCCUGUCUUUUAUGCUCUCUGACUGUACACAACUAACAACUUGGCUCUAUCGGUUUAUCAAACAUGGACGUGUGUUUUGUUAAGGAUGGGUCCACAGUUUUUUUUCAAGUCUUUCUGAAAUGAAUAUUCACAUAUAUAUAUGUACACAUGGCAAGUAUCACUGGUUACUGCACAUAUUCCUCUUAUUCCAACUGGCCAUUAAGAAAGAAGAAAUCCCUAGGUGAAACAUAAACAGUGUAAGGAAAGAUAGGGGAGAAAAUCUACAAAAGGCACUGAAUACCUUGUUUUUGUUUUCCCACCUGAUGGGGUGGCCUGAAGUCAUGUAAGUUAGCUGACUGUAGGUAAAGCAAUGAGACGUAGGACACGAGUACAAAAGGAGGAUGAUGGCAUGGUCAUGCAAGGGUCUAACACCGGAAUUGAAAAAGGCAACAAAAAUUCAACCUUUGUGUGUUUAUGUGGUCUAUUUUUUUAAGACUUCUAUUACAAGAUUUGAAACGAGCUAUAACAGAUAGUGGUGCAUUGGCUUAAGUGUUAAAAAAACAACUUGUGUACACUUGCAUCACUAAAGGUUCCUCUUGUGCUUGAAGAGAAGAUAAAAAAUAAUCUGUCUAAAAGAAGAUUUAAGAGUUAGGUUUGUUUUUCUUUUAUCAUUGGAA